AUCACUAAUGAAUUAGUGAAUCUAAUUCAAAAUCACUAAUUUUGUAGUGAAUUUUAAGAUCACUAUUUCAAUUAGUGAAAUUUUCACUUAUUUAGUUUUAGAGAGUAAUGAGUGUUGCAAUUAUUAUUAUGUAUAUAAGCUGUAUUACACAAGGUCCAUAUCUCUCUUUUCCCAUAUGCCGUGCGUAGUCUAUUGUAAACAUCCGGCAAUGGAAUUCAGUACUCACAUGCUUUCGAAAUAAUUUGUGCGUGAGGUAUAAAAUCCAGGAGCCAUCGAUUUUUUAGUCUAGUGCUGGUGUUAUUCGAGAGUGCGAUGGCUAAGAUUAUUCUUUGCCUGGCUGUUGUUGUUGUCGUUGCGGAAGCUGGAUUGAUUGCCAACAAAAUUCAUUCACAUUUCCCGUACUUCAAUGCCGUUUAUCAUGGCCACGGUGCUACGAGUUACCAAAAUGUUCAAGUACAAAAUCAUCUAUCGGUACCGAUCCCCAAAGAUCUGCAAGUAGAUGACGGUCAUGAGCACAUUCAUGAACACAAAUUUGAGUUUAUUGACCCUCCAGAUCAUCAAUUUGAUCAUUCGUACAUUUCAUCGGAUGUUUAUGAAGACCACUCAUUGCCUUAUCGUUAUCACCCAGAUAAUUACGAGCACUACGAUAACCUAGACUUCGACUACCAUUAAGUAAAAUAUGUAUGAUAACUAUGACUCAUAAGCUAAAUAAAAAACUUUAAAAUAAAAAACAUGCAUUGGAUUAUUUUCUAGGUCUGGGUUUAAAGAAUAAACUUUUAGG